UUAACCAGACGAAUUCUAUUUAUGUUAUUUUUCUACGAUAACAAUACUGAAACAAGUCUUGUCUCUUGUAUAGUCUUCAGUCGAAGUCAUAAUAACGUUUAACGUUUAACAGUGGUUAGUGUUAGUGUUUUGUUUUACAAAUACAACUUAUAACUUAUAUUAUUGAAAUUUGAAGUAAAAGUCGAAUAUGAGUGGCUGUAAAAAAUAUUUAAGCGGUGCUCAGAAGAGAAAAAAGAAGAAAGAAGAUCUUUUAAUGACAUCUGCUGUUAAGUGCAAUAAAAUAACUGGAUUUUUUUCUUUAACUAAUGAAAGUGACGAUAAACUAGUUUCAAAUGUUAUAGAAAUAGAUCAUAGUAUCUCAAAGGAAAAUAUAAACAAUGAAACUAAUAUCAAUUGUAUUGUGGAUGGUACUGUGGAUGGUAUUGUGGAUGGUAUACUUGAUGACACUAUUGAUAUAAAUAAUCAUUAUAAUAUACCAGAAGAAGUUAAUGCUAUUAGUAUUGCAUGUAUGUCAUAUGAUAAUGCCAAAAAUGUUUCCAGUAAUUUAAAAGAUAAAAUUAAUUUGCAUGUUGACUUAAAAGAAACUGUUCAGACUGAUCACUUAAACAAUACUCAUUGUUUAUCACCGGCCAAACAAAAUCAAAGUAAUAAUGGUCUUGAAAAUACUAAUUCUACUUCUGUUAAGGAUACUACGAAUAUUGGUACAAUACAUCAUGCAGAUAUUGAUGAUAACAGCUUUGAUGAAUUAACCGUUAAAGAUCCAUAUUUUUGGCCAAGUAAAAUAAAUGAUGAUUUUGUGGAUUAUUGUAUUAAAAAAGGGCCAUCAUUUUUUCAAAAUAAACAAAAAUCGUAUACUCAAUCUGCACGCAUUAGUGAUCAUAAAAGACAUUUAACGCCUGCAAUGUUUGAAAGAACUUUACCUAAUGGACAAAUAUGUGAUCGGCUGUGGCUUUUGUAUUCUCCAAGUCAGGGUUCAGUAUUUUGUUUUAUGUGUAAGCUUUUUUCAAAGAAUCGUGAAAACUCUUUUGUAAAAAAUGGGUUUGAUCAAUGGAAAAAAUUUGAAAAAAUAUCAUACCAUGAAAACAGCAUGUAUCACAGAGAAGCAAAUACUACAUGGCUACUUCGAGAAAACUCAUUAAAUUCCGUAAAUCAACAAAUCUGUAAGCAAAUAUCUACUGAAACUCAAUAUUGGAUUGAUGUUUUAAAACGCGUUGUAGCAGUUAUUAAAUAUUUAUCUUCACGUGGUUUACCAUUUAGAGGAGACAAUGAAGUAUUUGGAGUAAAAAAUAAUGGAAAUUACUUAGGACUUCUUGAACUAAUUUCUGAGUUUGAUCCAUUUUUGAAAACCCAUAUUGAAUUGCACGGUAAUAAAGGGAGAGGUCAUCUAUUACUUUCUUUUCCUAAUUUGUAUACUGCAAUUAAAAUAUAUCUAACCAUACCUAUUGCAAAUUGUUCGGCUGAAAGAGCAUUCUCCAAAUUAGCUCGAAUAAAAAACAAGUAUAGAACAAGCUCUUCUCAAGAAAAUUUAAAUAGUUUUAUGGUUUUGUGUUCAGAGAGUGAUGUUUUGGAGGUAAUUAAUACCGAUGAUAUAAUUAAAGAGUUUGCUGCCCAAAAAUCUAGAAAAAAAUAUUUUUAA